AUGGAUGUUGAUGAGAAUACAAGGAAAUCAUGCCUCCGUUCACUCCCAGCACACCGCAAUGACAUUCAUGUUGAUGUGUAUGGGGGUCAAGCUGGUGCUCCGCUUCCUGAUUCAAAUCCAACCCAUACUUUGCACAAUUCCUCACAUGGGUUUCUCCACUAUCAGUCCCAGAUUUCUGGUAUUAAUCAUAAUCCAUGGGCUCCGUUUCAAUCACGCAUGGACUGGGAAGUUGCUCGUUGGGCAAAAAUGCGUGGACCCAGUUCGACUGCCUUUUCAGAAUUACUUGAGAUUGAUGGAGUUUGUAAAGCUCUCGGACUCUCAUAUCGGAAUAGCAAUGAAGUUAAUGGUAUCAUCGACACUGGUCUCCCUGCUCAGUGCCCAUCUUUCACCCGGGAAGAGGUCAUCAUUGCUGGAGAAUCAUUUGAUUUAUAUAAACGGGACAUCAAAGAAUGUAUCCAAGCAUUAUAUGGAUCUCCUGAGCAUGCACGUUACAUGUGUUUUACACCUGAACGGCACUACUCUGAUGCAGAUAAGACUUCUCGGCUCUAUCAUGAUUUCUAUACUGGAAAAUGGUGGUGGGCUACACAGACUGCAUUAGAGAAGGAAAACCCUGGGGCGACAGUUAUUCCUGUCAUUAUAUCUAGUGACAAAACUCAAGUCACUCUGUUUCGCAACAAAUCUGCAUAUCCUGUUUACCUUACUAUCGGUAACCUUCCCAAAGAAAUUCGGCGGAAACCCUCACAGCAGGGUCAAAUUCUACUGGCAUACCUUCCAACAACAAAGCUACAACAUCUGACUACUAAGGCUGGACGACGACGAGCUCUAGCAAACUUGUUUCAUGCAUGUAUGGGUAAUUUAGUUGCACCACUCAAGGAGCUUGGAAUAUCUGGAGUUGUCAUGCAGAGUGGUGAUGGAGUCAAACGACGAUGUCAUCCAAUCUUGGCAGCAUACAUUGGAGACUAUCUGGAACAGAUCCUGGUGUCCUGUGGAUAUUACGGCGAUUGUCCAGUCUGCAUGACAACAAAGGACAAGCUUGGUGAAUAUCCGUGUACCCACCUCUUUCGAGAUCCUGACAAAGCUGUGGAAGCUGCGAAGCUUAUACACACCAACCUGUGGGUGGACUACUGUGACGAGGCCAAUCUGAAGCCUGUGCAGCAUCCAUUUUGGGAAGACUUGCCUUACAGCGAUAUAUUCCGUUCAAUUACACCUGAUAUUCUGCACCAGAUGUACCAGGGAGUUAUGAAACACCUUGUUCAAUGGAUUACCAGUAUUGUUGGUGCAGCUGAAAUUGAUGCUCGGGUCCGUCGCCUACCCCCAAAUCAUGGUAUCCGUCAAUUUCAGAAGGGUAUUUCUACUCUUUCGCGGGUGAGCGGAUCAGAACACAAGCAGAUGUGCACAUUUCUUCUUGCCCUUAUAAUCGAUAUCCCUCAUUUGACACCUCAACAAUCACACAAUCUCUCAACUGCAACUCGCUCGCUUCUUGAUUUCCUCUACCUCGCAUGCUACCCCAUCCAUAGUGAUGAUUCAUUGGAUAUUCUUGAAGCAUCGCUUGCAACAUUCCAUGAAUAUAGAGAUGUCUUUGCUCAGUUGUCAGUCCAACGUCGUGAAAAGAUCAUUCACCAUACCAACUAUCUUACUUGGAGGAGUUCCAGAUCUCCAAGCCCUGCUGCAGCAUCCCUAGAUGUGGAACAAUGUUUUGACUUCCCUGGUGCAAUACGUUCAUUGUCAGACCUCAAAUGCACACUUACACAGCAAAUGGCAAAGACACCUACUCUCCGAUCAGUUUCACUCUCGAAGAUUGAAGAUACAGGCUCUCGAGGUUAUGGUGCACUGAACUUCAUACCUGCACUGAAGAGAUUUAUUGCUCAAUUCCGGCAUCCUGACUAUGAACCUUGGCGCCAGUUAGAAAUGGCCGAGUUCAUCACUUUUCCAUUCCGAACCUUGCCUGUAUGGCACCGUUUGAAAUUUCGCAAUGAAGAACUUUACGAUAAAUGCACUUUGGAUACACAUGCACGCUUCGAUACAGCACUGAUCCAGGUGAAUGGAGUGGAGGUUGACAGCAAUAAUUAUUUCAAAGGUAUGCAAGUUGGUCAUGUCCGUGUCAUAUUUUCGCUUCCUGAAGGCAAGCUUCAUGGAUUACUUCCAGCAAACAUGACACCACCGAAAUACCUUGCAUAUGUGGAGUGGUUCAGCCGUUUUCCAAGUCAACCAGAAUCUUACACAGGACUGUAUCGUUUGAAAAAGCAGUCCAAUAGAGAUGGAACUCCUGCAGCCUCCAUUCUGCCACUGGAGACGAUCAAACACAGUGUUCAUUUGUAUCCGAAGUGGGGUGGAACAGUUCCUGCAGCUUGGACAACAAUGAAGAGGUCAGCUUCGGAAUUGGAAGAUGAUGAUGAAAUUACCGAGAGCUCACAAGAUUCGGAGAUGCCAAUGAGUGUUUGGCUUCAACAGCGUACAGCUAACAGCUACAGCCCUCUUAGAUCUUCCAAGACCCCGAAGCGGAUGACUGAAGACAUUCAACAUGAUUUGAACCAGACUCUGGUCGAAGUCAACAACAAUGAAGUAUUAUGUGCUACAUGCAGAAUACCAGUCACACUGUGGGAUGUCGAAAAGAAUGUACCUGUUCAGGCCGUCGAAGAUUCAAAGUAUAAUAGGCUUGUCCGAAGAUUCCUACGUCCCGAAGAAGUUGGUGAUAAUAUUAUCAUUGCGGAGAACGUACGACUCAGGAAUACUAUCCGUUCCCUCGAGAAGGAACUUAGUGACCGCCAACAUGAUGUAUGGCAACUUGAAGAUGAAUUGAAAACCCUUCGAAACGGUCUUCGACAGCUUUUACAUUGA